AAAGAAAGGCAGACACCGCAGCUGAGCAGCAUGGCAGGGGAGAAGGUAAAAGGGGACCCACAGUGCCAGCAGCAGCCACCCGUGCACAGUGACUGGGUGCUGCUGACUAUAUCACUGAUGACUGUAUUGCCCUGUGUAUCCUGCUGCACCAGACCUGCUGAGUUUCUGCAGGGAGCCAAGCUGCUGCCAAUCAUUUCCUUUCUCAGCCAAUGAGAAUAUUUGCUGUCAGAUGGGUCCCACCCUCAGGAGGUGCAGCUGCUUGGAGAGGAGUGGUGAGAGUCAGCAGCAGUAGAAGGAGGAGGAGUGGGAGUGUUGGAGCAAAAACCAAAUAGAGUUGAAUGAUUGAACUUUCUUUUUUAGUUUGUGCAGCAGCCAAUGCCUAUAUCCCCUUCCCUCUGAGUCUGCUCAGCGCAGGGAAACUGUAGCCCAUCUCCUCCUUGAUUGAUCUCUUAUGCAAGAUGUUGCUGAAGGAUCACGGCUGCUGUGUGUCCUUUUUCCUAUGGAUUAUUAUCUUGCUGUGGGGCACCCUGUCUGCCACUAACUCAGCUGCUGCUUCUCCCCGCAAGCAGGAUGAGUCGUUCUCCACGCUGAGUGUGUACAGAGCAAGAUGCACAUCCAGGUGCCUGAGCCUGCACAUCACUCGCAUCUCUGCCUUCUUCAGGCACUUUCAGAACAACGGUUCCUUGAUUUGGUGCCAGAAUCACAAGCAGUGCUCAAAGUGCUUGGAACCAUGCAAGGAAACCUGGGAUUUGAGAAAGAAUAGCUGCCAAAGUCUCUGUGAGCCGCUGUUUCCCAAGAAACAUUAUGAAUGUUUAACCAGCUGCGAAUUUCUCAAAUCCGUCUCGUCAGUGAAGCAAGGUGAUUGCCCUGCUCCGGAGAAAGCCAGCGGAUUUGCUGCUGCCUGUGUGGAAAGCUGCGAUGCUGAUAAUGAAUGCUCUGGGGUAAAGAAGUGCUGUUCCAAUGGUUGCGGCCAUACAUGCCAAGUACCUAAAAACUUGUACAAAGGGGUUCCUUUGAAGCCAAGAAAAGAACUAAGCUUCAGUGAACUCCAGACUGGAAAUCUUGUGAUUAAAUGGUCAUCAAAAUUCAACAUCUCAGUGGAGCCAGUGAUCUACGUGGUUCAGAGAAGAUGGAAUUAUGGAAUACAUCCAAGUGAGGAUGAUGCUACAAUCUGGCAGACCGUCACACAGACUACAGAUGAAAGGCUACAGCUCUCUGAUGUCAGACCAAGCAGGUGGUACCAGUUCAGAGUGGCCGCUGUUAAUGUGCAUGGAACACGAGGCUUUACAGCACCCAGCAAACAUUUCCGUUCAUCCAAAGAUCCAUCAGCCCCACCAGCACCUACAAACCUCAAAAUUGCCAACUCAACCACCAACAAUGAUGGCACUAUGACUGUACGUGUUACGUGGGAUCUCCCAGAAGAACCAGAUAUUCCUGUGCAUCAUUAUAAAGUAUUUUGGAGCUGGACAUCCCAUGGCAAAUCUGUUGUUCCUGCAAAAAAGAAGCGUAGGAAGACAACAGAAGGGAACCAAAACUACGUGAUUCUAGAAGGUUUACAGCCAAACAGCAAUUAUAUGGUAGAGAUUCAAGCCAUUACAUACUGGGGACAAGUGCGUUUGAAAAGUGCAAAGGUCUCACUGUACUUCUCCUCUGGGCCGUUCAGCUCAACUAAGGAUCAAAUAUCAAAAGUCAGCAAAAUGAAGACUGAUACUCUAGUGCCACCUCAAAGAAAGCUUACGGCUCACAUGCCUGAAAUCGGAGCUCCAUUCUACCAGGAUAAUCAGCUUCAGGUUAAAGUUUACUGGAAAAAGACAGAAGAUCAUGCUUUGGAACUCUACCAUGUUCAGUGGCUUGCUGAAUCGUGUGCAAAUAAUGAAACCAAAGGACCAGAGAAAGCAAUAACACAAGAUCAUCACAUUAUACUACCAGCUUUAAUGUUUUCGUGCAAAUAUAAAGUUACAAUACAUCCAGCCAGAUCUAAAGGCCAUUUAAAGGCUGAAAGUAUUUUCUUCACAACUCCUCCCUGUUCAGCGCUGAAAGGCAAAACCCACAAACACAUUAACUGUCCAACUGAAGGAGGUCAGGCUGUUUCUAAAGUGUUGGCAAAACCAGAAAACCUAUCCGCUUCAUUUAGUGUACAUGAGGGUAACAUCACGGGACAUUUUUCAUGGAAGCUUUCCAAAGUAAAUCUUCACCAGCCUAUGACGGGUUUCCAAGUCACUUGGGCAGAAGUCACAACAGAAAGUCGUCAGAACAGCUUGCCAAACAGUAUCAUUUCCCAGUCUCAGAUUUUGCCAGCGGACCAUUAUGUUCUCACUGUCCAUAAUCUAAGACCUUCAAUGCUCUAUCGACUGGAAGUCCAAGUACUAACAACAGGGGGUGAAGGGCCAGCAACUAUAAAGUCCUUUCGGACACCAGAUGUACUCCCACCGUUACCUCAUCGGCCUCAUAUGAAGCAACACCAUCCUCAUCACUACAAACCAUCUUCAGAUAAAAUUUGAAAAAGUUUGUAGUCAAAUUUAUAUGAAAGGACUUUGCAUGAUGAAAAGAAAAACACUCGGAAGGACGAUGUAUUAUUUUCCUGAAGAUGUAUCCACUUCAUGAUAACAGGCAGUCAUUUUUGCAUCAAUGUGUCCUGGACGUUUAAUAUGGCAUCUUCUCAUCUCCCAGUAUGCAAUGUGUAGCACAUAUUGAAGGAUAGUUUUCAGCUACCCAUGUUGCUUUUCCUCAUAUUUCAUGUAGAUUGUAAGCGCUUCGUAUGCCAAGUCUGUUUUCUUCUGUGUACCAUUUAUUCCUUGUAGUUAAUGGGUUUGUGAAUAUUAUAUAUUGUAAAUACAACUUAAUAUAGAAACUUAAAUAAUUAUUAAGUAACAGGAAUGAGGCCAGUAUAAAAAAUGGAAGCAAUAAUAUAUGCACAAGCGAUAAGACUUUUUGCAUUUGAAGAGACAUCAUGCAUUCCAUAGACAGUGGACUGUACAACAGUGAUUACAAUUUGUGGCCAUAUUUUGCUGGGCCUAGCCCAAGAGCAUAAUAAAACUUCAGUGAACAUGUCAGUAAAACACAAUAUCAUUAAUUGAACUAUAUAAGCAUUUUAAGGCAUAAUUGUUAUCUAAACUUCUAUACUUCCUUCAGCCAUAAAAUAGUAUUGUGCAUGAAUCAUAAUAUCCAAAAUCUAUUCUUAAUUGUCAUACGUAAUGAUGCUUAAGAAAAUGCAGAAAAGAAGUUAUUAGAGCCUCAAUUUAUAUAACUUAUUUGUGCUUCAGUUGAUCAGUUGGACUGUAAAAUAAAAUAAAAUAUAUUUUUUCCAUUUACUUUUUCUGAUUUCCAAUGCAAUGUCUUCCAGUGGUUACUUAUCUCACUUAAAUAUUAUCUUAUGCAGACGUUGGAUUCUCUAUAAAUAUAUAUUAGUGAAAGAACACAGUAGCUUGAAGAUGCAACUCAUUGUUAUUAUAUAUUUUAAGGAUUCUAUCGAUAUAACUUGUAUUUGUGUGUGCUUUAUGUUAAUUAUACUAACAUAUCACUGAUAUUAUUUGUAUAUGUAUGCAAAAUACAGAUAUUAAGGCAUUUCACAAAAUUAGUAAUGGACAAUUUAAGUACUGGAAUAUAAAAAAAUAGACGUAACUGUGUAUAUGCUAAUUGGUGCGUAGAUCGCUUUGGGUUUUGUUUUUAGUAUUACUGACUGUUGAUUCAAAGUACAUUUACAUAAUAAGCUAUGCAGUAUUUUUCUAGUUUAACUUGCUGAUUUGAAUUUUAUGUGUAGCAUGGUAGUAAUUAGGUGGCGUAGAUAACUAAAGUUCUUUUAAAUGAUAAUAGUUAGGAAAGCAAAGGAAAUAACAAUUUGUAGAAAAAGGUAAAAUAAUGAUGCAUCAGAGGACCACUAGACCUAACGUACAAAGUACAGGAUGUCUGAACAUGACUAUAAUGAACAUACAAUAUAUAUAUAUAUAUAUAUAUAUAUAUAUAUAUAUAUA